UUCGAGGAGGACGUUCGCACUUCUCGGCUGCUGUUCGUCGAGAGAGUAUCAGCGAUUGUCGAAACCGUGACGGAUUGAAAACAAGGAUGCGGGCGGGCGUGGCGUGUCGGGGCGCGGUCGCCUUCGGACUGGUGGCUCUGCUGGCCGGCCGAGGCAGCGGCUUCGUGUCUUCGCUUCCGGAGGCCGGGGAGAGGAUCCUGGCGCUGCAGGAGAAGCUGGUGAAAUUCGCAGAAGGAGGAGACUCAAGACGUCGGGAAGGAGGUGCUGGCGACUUCUCCAACAUGUGGACCCAGUGGCAUAAGGACGCCUCACACCUCAUGCUGAAGCUGAAGACGCCGGGAGACAAGCUGAUGGCCAUAAGGGGCAAACUCCUCGAUAAGAUUAUGGUGGAGUCCAAGCAACUGACCUCCAACAACCAGUCGAUCGUCUCCAUUGCCUUCCUGGCCUUCGGCGUGAUCCUCUUCGACGUGUUGGGAGACGCCCUCUUCGGCACCAGCUCGAACAUCCUAGCGUCUCUCGGGGGCGGCCUGCAGGGGCGGGAGACGCUCCUCCCCGGCCUCGGACUCUUCGGCGACAACGUGAACAACCUGGCGGAGGUCGUGCUCAACAUGAUCACCAUUUACCUCUACAGGGACGAGAGCCCCGACUGCGGAGAGCGGCUCCUGUGCGAGAGCAACCAACAGGCAGUGAGUCGCGGCUUCCUGGACACCCUCGUGACGUACAUCAGCGGGUUCGCGGUGUCCUUCUUCCUGCACGAAGCCCCUCUCUCUCGCAACCUGCAAGCCAUGAGAGCGGGCAGGAAGGGCCAAAACUGCAUCGAAAUCUACCCGCGGUGCUCCAUCACCUUGUGAGGACUCGGGGAGGCUCUCGACGAAGCUGCCCAGGCUGCCAUGUCGGCGCUGAGCGGCAGGGAGGAGAGCCAGACCGCCCCUUAGACCGCGAUGGAAGCAGCUGCGGAGGGCGAGAACGAGCGUUGGGACGCAGUCGGAGCCGGUCUGGAAGGACUCGUAUCUCUACGGUCUUCAGGUGCCGGGUUUCAAAUGAGCUUCUAAGUCAAAAUACCAUUACAAAGUACAUUAUGAUUGAUACCAGCUCAACACGCGAUCUCGAGUACGUACAGAAUCGGUAAGUCGUGACUACAGAUGAUUAUUCUACAUACAGUUCCAGAUUCUUGGCCAGAGAUACUAUUUGAAAAUACGAUCGCGAAGGCGGGAUCACAGGUCCCGGCAGUAGAAGACUAGUCCCUUGUGUUUCUUCGGGGUCGAGUGAAGGCCGAGCUCCCACUCGUCUCGUGUGAAAGGUCUUGUAAGGGAAAGGGCGUCGGAAAGUUCUAGAGUCGGAGAAUGUAUUGGAGCGAACUUAAGCUCUGCCAACUCUGCUCUUCUUCCUCGCUACAGUUAAGGCCUACCUUGAUCCAAUCAGUUUCGAGUUGAGCUUUGGCAACUUGGAUAUGGCUAAACGAUAGGGAAAAAAGGGAUUCGAAAAUACUACUGAGCUUUUUAGGUCUUUUGUUAUGAUGAUGGAAAUAUUCAAUGACUUCCGAUUUGGAUUUUCAUUCAACGGUCGAAUCCUUGGGUAAAGAGUCAUAGAAAACGGACAAAACAACGACAUGCAGGUAGGACAAAUGUAUUUAAGAUGUCUCUGUUAGACGCAGUUAUACUAAUCCUUACUCUUAUAUUAUCCUUAUUUUAAGGACUUGGACUUCCUUCAUAGGAGUCCUCGGGCAUUAUUAGGUUAAGGAAAGUUUAUUUUUGUGGUGCAUAAAUAUUUUUGUUGAUAUCUUCUCUACAUUACAAACUGUGGUAUCCUCAGUGUAUCGGAUAUACUUUUACAUUGAUAUUAGGCGUGAAUUACAGUUAUAUAUAUUUGUUAUUCUGGCACUCGAUCAGAUGCAAAAUCCUCAUGAAAUGAAAAUUUAUAUCAGUUAAGAAGGUUAAAUGCAAUAAGGACUCACAUGACUCAUUCCUCUCACAGGCCAUCAAUCAGAAUCUCUAGGUACAGAAUAGGUAAAAGAAAAUAAAGAAAGAAAAAAAUGUAAUUUGCAACACAACCCAUUUCUCUGCAUGGUUUGUACUCGAGUUCUUGGUUGAACGAAAUAGUAAUGCCGAGAUAACUUAAAUUGAAAAUAGAAUGUAUGAAUCAAAUAUUUAACAAACAUAAAAAUCGCAUAUCGUUCGAAAGCGUUCAAUAAAAAAAGCGCCAUAAAUAAAAUUAAAAUACGAAAUAACAGCAUUCGAAAGCGUUCAAUUAAUAAACCAAACAACGAACGUCUUGAAUAAAAAUAACUUGGCAUUCGAAAGCGUUCAAUCAAUAAACCCAAAACAAUCAACGAAACGAUUAACCUUGCAUUCGAAAGCGUUCAACCUUGGCUUCGAGUAAACCUGAGAGAAUGAAACCAAAUGAAACGUCGGCGUUCGAAACCGUACGCGGACGAGCCGAUGUGGACGACUCGCAUAUUGAAUUGUGUUGAAACUUGCAUUCGAAACAAGAAACAAGGUCAUCAUAAGUAAGAAAAAAAUAAGUGCUAUUUAGAAUUAAGAAAGAAGAUGACCACACAACACUAAAGAUAAUGAUUUGGUUUGGUAAGGAGGUUGAAAGGAAAUGAGACAGAUUCAAACCUUAUUCCUGAUAAAUGUUUUGGAAUUCUAAAUUUUAUUCUGAAUAUAAAUGUAUAGUUUUAUAAGCAACUGAUAUACGUUUGGAUGUAAUUGCCAAUAAAAUAAAAGAACAGUC